AUGCUCCAGCUCGCCCCCACCCCGCGGCCGUCGCCGGCGGCCGCUGCCCGGCGUAGGCGCCGACCCUCCACCUCCGCAUGCAUCUGCUGCUCGAGCGUGCACAAGCUGGAGAGGUCCCCGAGCCCGCGCCCGCGCCCGGGCGCGUCGCUGCGGGAGGCCAAGCGGGUGGUGCUGGUGCGGCACGGGCAGAGCACGUGGAACGCGGAGGGCCGCAUCCAGGGGAGCUCCGACCUCUCCGUGCUCACGCCCAAGGGGGAGUCCCAGGCCGAGACCUCCCGCCAGAUGCUCCUCUCCGACUCCUUCGACGCCUGCUUCACCAGCCCGCUGGCGCGCUCCCGCCGCACCGCCGAGAUCAUCUGGCAGGGGCGUGACGAUGAUCUCAUCCCGGAUUCCGACCUCCGCGAGAUCGAUCUCUACUCUUUUCAGGGACUGCUGAAGCAUGAAGGGAAGGAGAGGUACGGGGUUCUCUACCGGCAGUGGCAAAAGAAUGCAGCCAACUUCAGCAUUGACGGCCACUACCCGGUGCAGGAGCUGUGGGGCCGUGCACAGAGCUGCUGGGAGAGGAUUUUAGCACACCAGGGCAAGUCGGUGCUUGUGGUUGCGCACAAUGCAGUGAAUCAGGCACUUGUUGCCACUUCUUUGGGACUUGGAGCAGAGUACUUUCGGAUUUUGCUCCAGAGCAAUUGCGGCGCCAGUGUGCUGGACUUCACCCCACAGACAAGUGGAGGCCCUCCUAGUGUUUGUCUUAACCGUCUAAAUCAGAUUAGUUUAGGUGGAAUGGGAUAUGCGCCGCUGAACAUGCUUGGGACUAUACAGUCUCAGAAGACUGCAGAACUACUUCUGGAUUUGAAGGUCAACAGCAUUAUCUGUAGCCCGCAAGUUGCAGCUGUUGAUACUGCAACUGUUAUAUGUGAGGUCCAAGAGGCUGCAGAUUGCUUAGGUGUCCAGGUACCAGCAGCACGGUUACUCCGGCGACGGCACUACACGGGCCGGCCAAGAAGCACAGCCGGCGGUGAGUCCGACGACGCCCUCCUCUUCCUUGCCGUGCCGGCAGGCUGGCUCAUCCGGCUGCUCGCCUUCCUCGGGGAGCUCGUCGCGUCUGCCAUCCUCAGCCUCGUCUUCCCCGUCGCCGCUCUCGUCGGCGUGCUGCGCGCCCUCCCCUGCAGCGGUCGCGUCCAGCCUCCGGCGCGCGGCGCGAGGCCUGCUCGCCGCGGCGUGCACCUUCGCUGCACUUGUGGCCGCGCGCUGCUCGUGUCCGUGCUCCUCGGCUUCCUUCUUGUCCGGCACUGGGUCGAGGACCCGGUCACCGUGCGCCAGCAGCUCUUCUUCGACUACACGGAGGCGCAGCCCAGCGCCGCGGUGGUCCUUGACGGAGCUCGAGGCGCCGGCGCCGGCGCCGUUUUGCCGGCGGGUCACUCCGUCAGGGUGUCCAUGGCAUUGCUGUUUCCUGAUUCCUACCACAACCGUGAAGUUGGCAUGUUCCAGAUAAAAGCAGAGGCGGUCUCUGUAAGUGGAAUCACCAUGGCAUCGGCUACACAGCCAUACAUGCUGAGGUACAAGAGCACUCCUGUCCGGCUGGCGCAGUCUGCGCUGCUGUGCGUGCUACUCACUCUCGGCAUACGCAGCGAGACCCAGGCCGCAAGUCUCAAGGUGUUGCAGUACAGAGAAGGCCAUGGCCGGCAUAGGAGAACAGGGGUCAUCAGAGUCUUGCUGCAGCCAAGAGCUGCGACGGUGCAGCUGCCCCAGGUGUACAGAGCAGAGGUUGUUGUGCAGACUGCUCUUCCGUGGGCAAAGAGCCUGGCACGUGGCAUGAAGUGGACACUCUGCGUGUGGGUGUCUUCGUCUGUGUACAUUGCUCUCAUUGUUCUUGCUGUUUGUUGGGCCCGGCCUCUCGUGGUGUCCGCGAGGAAUAGGAGGCUGUCUGAGAUUCAGGCCGAUGGAAAGAUGGCUUCUGGUUUGGGUUCAGAAGAUAUUGGUGAAAGCUCAAGCAAGGAGGUGUCUGAAGAUUUUGCAGUGAAGUGGAGAGAGAGAAGAAGCAAGCGGAAAGCACAGUUUCGAACGCUAUUACAUCGAGGCACCAUGGAGCUUGAGUCCACUGAAGGUUCAACUUCUAGUGUUGCAGUGGUGGAGACUGGUGAGGCAAAUGAUGAUCCUUGA